UUUAUGAUGGUUUAUGCAGGGUGAAGAGCAACAUGAGUUGUUCUUCGUUCCACAGUGGCACUUGAGCAGACAUGCAGGUAUUGAAUGGAAAACAUGCAGCGGAUGCCAAGUAAUUGAGUACAGGCCCUCACAAACAUCAUACAGUUGGACAGGGGCAAAACAAAAUACGAACUCAUCCUCGCAUACUAACGAUUCGCAGCUUUUUCUUUUCUGAGGAGACUUGGUGCGUCCACUUUUACGAUUUCCAAAAACUGGCAGCGCCUGGAGUGAUGUUAUUUUGUUUGAGAUCCGGAAAAAAUCCACCGCAUUUCGGAAUCCGGUCCAAAAAGGACUUCUACCACUGGAUUUUGUAAAAACCUUCACCAAGUCUUCUUGAUGCUUCACCAAGUCCUUUCGAGCACAGUUUUUACUAUGGAUUUUAUCUCAAGCCUUCACUUCGAGCACCGUCUUUUUUUAGGACACAUCUUACUUUGGGGAUCGAAUUUCGCUCACCUAACUGGCGAGGCCAAGGGCUCAAAGGCAGCCGGCAAAGGAGGCCAUAGCACAAAGGCAGCAGAUCGCGCAGAAAAGGUUGCACCCACGAAUCGACCCGCCCUCGACCGGAAUGUGUCCCCGUCGCAACGCACGCGGCCGGAGUCGCGGCAGCACGUGCCCAAGAGUGAGGUUGGUGAGGUUCCACGUGGAGGACGAGGGAACCGCUCUGUGUCCAACCCACCUGCAGGCAAGGGCCGUGGUCGCGGCGCCGCGGGCGCCGCGCGCGAGAAGGGCGUGACGAAGUCCGCCUCGCUGCCGCCGCUGCCGGAAAACCAGGCAUCUGGCCGUGCCGAGCCCAACCCCUCGACCAGGGCUCGCUCGGAAGCGCCCAAGCGCAGUCAGCAGGCGAAGGCCGCGGCCGCGGCGAUGGAGGUGGCCGCCGCUGUGGGACAGGAGAAAGGCUUCCGUCGCCCGCGGAACGCCUCCAAGAACCCUGGCCACGAGAGGGAUGGAGCUACACCCUUGCCACAGCUGCCCAAACGCCGAUGAGAUCCGGUGAGGCUGAGGGUUCAGUGAUCGAAGGCUGAGGGUUCUUGUGGCGCAAUUGGC